AUGGCCAUGGCACGCCGACAGCACCUUUCGCUGUUGCUCGGGGUCGCCCUCUUCAUCUUCUUCAGCAUAUCGUACCUGCUGUCCGGCCGCAAUACCGCCGGGUUGGCCACGAGCGACGCCCGGUUCUCGCUCCCAAAGUCGUCCAAGGAUCCGGACUCCGAUGGCGGCUCCAAGUCCAAGGCGUUCAAGAUCGAGCUGGACGAUGUGCCAAAGAACCUGCUCGACGGUCCCUCGAUCGCACCGGCGAUGGAUGCACCGACGGCCAAGGCCGAGCUCGGUCGCGCAACCUGGAAGUUCCUGCACACGGUAGCCGCGCGCUUCCCGGAGAAGCCGACCCCCGACGAGCGCAAGACGCUCGAGACAUUCUUCCACCUCUUCGGACGACUGUACCCGUGCGGCGAGUGCGCGAAGCACUUUCGCGAGCUGAUGAAGCAAUACCCACCGCAGACGAGCAGCCGCAACGCCGCCGCCGGUUGGCUCUGCUUUGCCCACAACCUCGUCAACCAGCGACUCAAGAAGCCCGAGUUUGACUGCAACAAGAUUGGCGACUUUUACGACUGCGGCUGCGGGGAGGAGGGCAAAGACGGGAAAGGCAAAGGCAAGGACAAGGACAAGGACAAGGACAAGGAGGAGAGCAAGAGCAGAACGGAAGGCAAGGGCAAAGGCGACGAGGAAGAGUUGAAAUGA